GGGAUUUGGUGGUUGCGCUCCUCCUGUCACACAGCUGACUUUUUAGAAAAGCAGAAGAGAGUAAAGAAAACAGCGAUGAAAACAGAACCGUGUCUUCUCCCUGAAUACAGCGAUAUAUCUGCAUUAAACUGCAGCAGCUUUUAGCAGGUUAUCACACUUUCCGCUGCGGGUGAGCUGUGUUGUGGAGCUGUGUUCAGGAUGGAUCAGAGAGACGGUGUUAUUAAUGCGGAUCCAGCCACAACAACUCCUACUGAAGGUCGUUGCCAGCGCUGGAGGAAUCAGAGCGGGUUUUGGUUGCUUGGUCUGUGCAAUAACUUUGCCUAUGUGGUGAUGCUGAGUGCUGCUCAUGACAUCUUAAAACAACAGGAAUCUCAGAAUGCAACAGCGCCUACCCCAGCUCCAGGCCUCCAGGCUACUGGAAACAGCAGCAACAGUAGCCGCUAUGACUGCAACCCUGUCUCUACUGCAGCUGUUCUUCUGGCUGACAUCUUACCAACCCUACUGAUCAAGCUUACAGCACCGUUUUACAUUCACAAAGUGCCUUAUGGGUUCCGUGUUCUGCUGUGUGUUGCCACAGCAACAAUUAGCUUCUUAAUGGUGUCGUUUUCUUCUACAGUUUUGAUGAGCAUCUCAGGUGUGAUAUUUGCCAGUGUGAGUUCAGGUCUCGGGGAGCUCUCCUUCCUCUCGCUCACCGUCUAUUUCAGCAGGGACGUGUUGAGUGGAUGGGGAUCAGGUACAGGAGGUGCUGGGGUUGCCGGGGCUUUUCUGUACUCUGCCCUCACACAGGCAGGCCUAUCACCUCGAGUUACACUGCUGAUCAUGCUGAUCGUCCCUGCUGCCAUGCUGAUCAGUUACUUCGCUCUUUUGGCCUUCCCUCCUUCAUUCCCACAGUGGAGGUCAAGAGAAGCAAGUCACAGGGGCUCCCAGGAAAGACAGCCCUUAAUAGUGGAAGAUGAUGACUAUGUUCAGAAUCAGAGAGAGAAAGAUAACUGUGCUGGUCAUGCUUUCUUCCUCCUGACAGAAGACAGACAACCUGGACCCCUGACCUUCUCAGACAAACUGCACGUCCUGAAAGGUCUUUGGAGGUUUAUUGCUCCUUUAGCUCUGGUUUACCUUGCUGAGUAUUUCAUUAACCAGGGAUUGUUGGAGUUGCUCUUCUUUCAGGAAUCCCUGCUCUCCCAUGCAGAGCAGUAUCGCUGGUAUCAGACUCUGUACCAGAUUGGUGUAUUUAUAUCCCGCACAUCCCUCUACUGCUUGAAGAUCAAGAAAAUUUGGCUAUUGGCCCUGUUGCAGUGUGUGAACGCAGUCCUGCUGUCUUUUGCAGUGUUAUACCAGUUUUUGCCAAGUGUGUGGCUGGUGUUUUUUAUAGUUGUGUAUGAAGGUCUUCUGGGAGGAGCUGCCUAUGUCAACAUUUUCUACCUAAUCAGCACAGAGACGGGUGACCGUGAGAGGGAAUACGCCAUGGCCGCAGCGAGUGUAGGGGACAGUGUUGGUAUUGCACUCUCUGGAGCUUUGGCCUUUCCUGUCCACAACUACUUCUGCUCUCUAUGAGAGAGAGGACACAGACUGAGGGGAGUGUUGCGUAAUAUGAGAGCUGGAAAGAGGAUGGGAGAAGCGUGGAAAUGGAAUAACAUCUCCUUACAAAUAUUUUUUCAUUUCUUGUAACAAAAUGGGAUUUUAGAGGAUUUAAAAUCAUUUUAAAUACUGUACACUAAGUUUUUCAGUGUGGAAUUAUGGUUUUACAUUCCUUUUUGGGACAGUUCUGGGACUAACAGUUCUGUAUAUGUGGUCAUGCAGUCAUGCCAUGAUAACAGAUCAGGGAAAAAACAAUGUUUUCUCAAUUCUAGUUAAUUUAACUGUUGUUUAAAAUAUUCCAAUGUAGGCAACCCAAUUUACACAUACAGCUCUGGAAAAAAAUAAGAGACAACUUAAAAAUUAUGAGUCUCUUUGAUUUUACCAAAUUGAAAACCUCUGGAAUAUAAUCAAGAGGAAGAUGAAUGAUCACAAGCCAUUGAAUGUUUCACUAGAAGUGGCAUAAAGUUAUUCAAAAGCAGUGUGUAAGACUGGGGGAGGAGAACAUGCCAGGAUGCAUGAAAGCUAUGAUUAAAAAACAGGGUUAUUCCACCAACUAUAGAUUUCUGAACUAUUAAAAAUGUAUGAAUAGAAUAAAACAACAAUGUUCAUUUUACUCAAAGAUAUACCUAUAAAUAGCAAAAUCGGAAAAACCUGAUUCAGAAACUGAAGUGGUCUCUUCAUUGUUUUCCAGAGCUGUAUAUAAAAUGUUCAAUUAAGUAUUAAACCUGUCUUUUUUUUGUUUCAUAUCGAUGAGAGAGUAUUAUACUCAGCUUUAAAUAUCGGAUAUGGACAUAUAUUUGCACAUUUUCUGAAAGUAUAUGGAUAUUUACAGAACGGCGCAAUAACAAAUGGUAAGGAAAUGGUAAGGAUGGUGUAGCUUUUGGUUCAACUCAAAAACGUCAUGCAAACACAGCAAAAAUUAAGCCUAUGGGAAAAGAGGCCUAAUACAGAACUAUUUUAUGACGUUAAAACGUCCUGCACCAUCUGCAUGUUUGUUACCGUCAGAAAUAUUUGAUUCUCAAGUGCCCUCUAGUGGAUGUAUUGCUUAACAUCCAUGCAAAUGUAAAGAACGCUUGGAAUGGAUGUAUUUUUUGGAUGUAAACGAAGCAUAAAUGAGCCUCAUACGAGACCGGUACUUAAGUGUUUAAAGGGGAUUUAUAUAUUUUUCAUUGUUUUAGGAUUUUAACAAGUGACUUUUUUUCUCCCAGACUACUGUAUUUUUUGCACUAUAAGGCGCACUUAAAAUCCUUUAAUUUUCACAAAAAUCAACAGUGCGCCUUAUAAUCCAGUGCGUCUUAAUUGUGAAUUUUACCAGUCAGGUUAUAAGGAGCAGUACAGCCAUUCCGCUAAAGUGCAACGUUAUAAAAAAGUUUCAGUUAGGUUUCUUCAGCACCAAGGCUGGAGCAGUAUUAGCAUUAGCCACUAACCAUAGCUAGUUCUUUCACCAUUCAGAGGUGAGUAUAUCAGACUUUAGCCUGCAUGUUUACUGUGUUAAAACAAGCAGUGUAGCACUGUCGGGUGGCGUUUACUAGCACUAAAUGCUGCUAACUGGACUAAAAUACUGGAAAUGUAGGCUUACUGAAGUAAACAAAAGCGCUUUACUCACCCAAAUCCACAGUUUUCAGGAUAAUUUACAUCCAGCACUCGUUUGACUUUGAAAGAUUUUUUUAUUUAUUUAUUUUUUUUUUUAAGAAUUACAGUUUUGUUUACUUGGGUGCCCCCAACUCUGAGACCUGCUGAAUUAGAAGGAAAAAAUGCCGACACCCUUGUUCCUUAUUACUGUCGCUUAAAAUGCGCCUUAUAAUCCGCUGCCCCUUAUGUAUGAAAAUAGACGUUUCUUGGUUGGAGGUUAAAGAUUAGAAUGUUCUUUAUCUGACAUACAGCCCUUUUUUCUGCUAAUGCAAUUUCAAUGGAUAGAUCAAUACACUUGGGGAGAAAACCAAGCUUAUGUUUACACAGCUGGUAAAAGUGAUCAAAAUCCAAUCUUUUUCCAUUGUAUAUGACACAGAUCUGACAUCUGUGUGGCAGUGCGAAUGCUUAGAAACUGACAGAUUUGGGACACUUUUAUACAUGGUAUUAGCACAGAAUUCAUGAAAUACACAAGAUAUUUGCUGAGAAGAGCCUACAAAACAUCAGAUUUAGUGAAAUAAAUUAGAUUUGUGCCACUUUUACAAGCAUAACUGUCAGUUUUGUUACAAAGGCUAAUAGACACCAGUAAUUAUGUGCAUUGUAAUACUUUUAAAUGUUCUUUUAAUAAAAUGUUUUAAAAAUAAACCAUUUUGUAUCAA